AUGUCUCUAGAAACCCUUCUCCCUUCUGUACACACUAAAGCUACACCAGGUCCAGCACCUGGUGGUUUGGGAAGAGGUCUUUUUGCUUCAAACACCAUCAAAAUUGGGGAGGAUGUUUUGCAUAUUACCAGCCCUUUUGUAGCUGUGUUAGACACGCCGCGACUGAGUGACACAUGUUCAGGAUGCUUUGGGAACAAACCCGUCCACCAUGGUGGUUCAUUGAAAAACUGUACCGGAUGCAAAGUGGUGAAGUAUUGUGACAAGGAAUGCCAAAGGAAGGAUUGGAAGUUUGCUCACGCACACGAGUGUGCAAUUUUUAAGAAUCUAAACCCUCGUAUUUUGCCGAGCAAUGCUCGGGCUCUUUUACGGAUGAUCGUGCGCAGUGAGCGUCAAAAGUACACCAACGAGGAACUCGAACUCUUCUCCCAACUCGAGACUCACAUCUCAGAAAUCCGUGACCAGAGCCCCGAGCAAUGGGAGCGUAUCGCCUUAUCUUCAAAGGCCGUCAAGGCUUACUCCGGAACAGACAUGAAGGAAGAAACGAUAUCCGCCUUCGGCGCCAAACUGGAAUUAAACUCUUUCAACCUCACUAGCAUUGUCUCUGACCGCAUGGGCCUCUACCUACACCCCUACGCCGCCCUCAUCAACCACAGCUGCAACUACAACGCUGCCGUCGGCUUCGACGGCGACAACCUCUACAUCAAAGCCACCCGCCCCAUCCAACAAGGCGAGCAAAUCUUCAUCUCCUACGUCGACGCCACAAACCCAGUCCGGCUCCGCCGCUCCGAACUCCGCGAGCGAUACUACUUCGACUGCCAAUGCGCCAAAUGCGCAAAAGACCUCGUAGCGCCAGCACACAGCUUCCUGGGUCCAGAAUCACAGUAUGACCAUUCCGCCAUCGAAAGCGCAGAAACAGAAAUCUACGAGCUUCUGGACGAAUGCUCCUCAGCCGUGGCAACUGACCCCAAGAAAACGGCCGAGAGAUUCCAAUCAUCCAUUAAGCGCCUACGACAGAUUGGCCCUUGGCCCGUUACCGAGCAGCCUCUCGUCUCGCUGAGAGAUGAGUUGAUUGCCUCGCUGCUGGCAGACCAGGAUUUCAGCUCUGGGCUUGUUCAGGCUGCUGUGCGGUAUCUGCGUGUGGAUCCUGUUGUUUAUGAGGAUGAGCGGCAUCCUGUUCGUCAGUUGCAUGGGUAUGUACUGGCAAGGGUGGCGGUUUUCCUGGAUGAUGGAGCGGAUGGGGAUGCUAGUUUGCUUAGGUUGGCAAAUAUGGAAACGGAGCCUAUGCUGCUUGCUUGGUCUGUUUUGAGUCGGCUUGUGGAGCUGGAGGAUGAGGCUUGUACGGUGCCGAGCUUUAAGCGGAUUGUCAGGUUAUUAUUUAAUCAUGUGAAUGAAAGGCUUGAGGGGGGUAAGGAACCGAAGGACAGGGGAGAUGAUAUACGGAAGGAGUGGGAGAAGGUUGAGCUAAUUGUCGAUACGGUGCUUGAGAAAGAAUGUUAA